AUGGGGUGCUGCACGUGCCUCCGCGGCCCCAGCGAGAACGUAACCGGAGACAAUUGCUGUGAGUGCCACCUGGCGACCGUAAAGCACCUGACCAAGGUGCCCCCCGAAGACCUGCUCUUCUCGUGCUUCGAGAACGGUUUCUGCAGAGUGCCCUUCUACGUGGCCCUUGAUCACCAGACGCGCUCCAUCAUGGUGGUCGUCAGGGGCACCCUCUCGGCGGACGAUCUGCUCACGGACCUCACGAGCGUCCUUGAAGAACUUCCCAACGGUGGCGGCAUCUUCCACCGGGGCGUGCUACGGAGCGCCCAGCGGGUACUGUCAAUGCUCGACAAGCCACUGGCCGACGCCCUGGCCCGGCACCCGGACUACGAUCUGGUGACGACGGGCCACAGCCUCGGGGCCGCCGUGGCCGCCGUCCUCGCCUACUUCCUCAGGCCGCGCUUCCCAGGUGUUCGCUGCUUCGCCUUCUCGCCCCCUUCCGGUACGGUGGACGAGACGAGGGGUCUGGCCAUGCGGGACUUCGUGAUGACGGUCGUGGUGGGAGACGACAUGGUGCCCCGGCUGGGCCACAAUCAGCUCGAAGCUCUGAACAGGGAGAUGGUGUCCGUCCUGCUUCAGUGCGACAUGGCCAAGGACGACCUUAACUCCCAGGGCCUGCGGUCACUCUUGUGUGGUAUCCGGAUGACACCCAAGCUCUCUUCGGACCCAGCCAAGUUCGAGGUCAUGGGUGCCCCCACCGGAAAGCUGGCACCUAGCCUCGAAGUCAAGAACCCCAAGCCAGGUGUGCGGCCAGCGACCAUCGACGAGAUCCUAGACCGUGCCCUCCCGACCACCAAGUGGCCGCUCAUGCUGACUCCUGGCAGGAUCCUGCACAUCGCGCGAACGGAACACGGGUACCGGAUGUACUGGGCAGCGCCAGAGUACUUCGACCACGUCGUCAUAAGCCCGCACAUGAUGGGAGACCAUCUACCAGACGUUAUUCUCCACGCGCUGCGCAGUGUGACCAGCACCACAUACCUCUGAGGACCUGGUCGCUCUACGGCGACGGACAACGGACAAUGCUCUCGGACAAUUCGUGACUCGCGCGUGACGUCUUCUUGCCAUGCUGGUUGUCACUGCUACUCGAUCUCGACGUGGAGAACAAACUCGAGCGUGUUCAUGCUCGAGGCUCACGGGACGUUGAAGUGUUAUCGAAGGUAGGAAGCCCAGGCUGGAGACUCGUGGCUGGAUCAGAGUCACGUAUAGAGAGAGCUUGGCCAAUAGGAGGCGCGAGCAGAGCCAGGGCGUGCACCAGACGCAGAUAGAGGGCUUGGCGUGCUCUCUCGGACAACCAGAAGCCGAAAAGAAUCCCCUAGCGGUGAUAGCGAGAAACAGUUUUAAUAAGAGCAUAAGGGUUGAAUGUAGUAACUCUUUAUGGUUGAAAAUAUGAUGCGCCUGAUGUUUCGAUUGUAAUCAUGCAGAAAAAUGUAAAAAACGAAUGUGCCGCUCGAACUUGGUUUUCCUCGGACAGAGUGUGACCGCUCGGACGGCAGAUUCCCGGCCCCCAGCGCCUGGCGUACGGAUUAUGUCGAUCGCUCCACUAGUCGCGCUCUUCCAUCGUGAUUUUGGAUGACCGCGAUUGAAACAUCACGUGCACCAUAUUUUCAGACACGAGAGUUACUUAUUAAUUUCGUUUCUCGCGACCACCACCAGGGUAUCAUUUCCGGCGUCUGGUUGGCACAUUCAGAUUAUGAAGACGCCCUGCAACACGCCCAGCCCGCUUUCUGCCAAUGGCGCCUCCUCAUUUGUCUCCUAUACAUCCCAGUGAAUGGCCAAAUUCUCUCCAUAUACGGCUCUGGGCUGGAUGACUGAAGGAAGACUGAAGAACCUCCUGUCUGAGCCUGAAUCUAAAGCUCGCCUUAAACAGAGCCUAAACGUCGCGUUCGCGACGCUUAUGCGAGACGGCCAGUUGGGUGAGGACGGGCAUCUGACAGGCAAACAUAUUUCGUAUCAUAUCCAUUAAACAGUGUUCGAGCACAUUAACGUUUAUGUUUGCCGGUUUGCCAAAAAACAUUGUUCGACGUUGCCCGACGAAGACCAGACGACACGCUGUCCUAAGCAUCCACAUGGAAGAAGCCUCGGCGGAAGUUUCGCCGUUUUUGAGGCAAGUUCCACGUGAAAGCAGACGCCAAGAGUGACGAAUGGAUAGACCAACGCGCGGCUCUGACGUCACGCCGCUCAGGUAGCGCUGCUGUCGACGCAAUGCACGCCCACGAGUACAUCGCGGAAAUUUAAUUUCUGCGCACGCCUGGUGUCCGGUGCCCCGCCUGGUGUCCGGAAAAGCGGGCCUGUCUUUGCGGUGCCGCGGCUUUUCUGGACCAAUAAAGAUUAUUAUUAUUAAUAUUA